AUGAAGAAAGUCCAGAAUGAGCUUAGGAAUGCGAUUCAAAACAAAGGGUAUAUCGAAGAAAAUGAUCUCUCAAAUCUUGAAUACUUCAAGGCAGUAGUAAAAGAAUCAUUCCGAUUACAUCCAGCAGCUCCAUUAUUAGUUCCACGGGAAACAUUGCAAAAUUGCACCAUAGAGGGAUUUGAUAUUCCAUCCAAGACUUUACUAUAUGUCAACGUAUGGGCUACUGGUAGGGAUCCUAAAAUUUGGAAAGACCCCGAUUUAUUCAAGCCCGAGAGGUUUAUGAAAAGUUCGAUUAAUUUUCUUGGACAAGAUUUUGAGCUUAUUCCUUUUGGAGCUGGAAGAAGAAUAUGUCCUGGCAUACAUCUUGGUGUUGCUAGCUUGGAUAUUAUGCUUGCCAAUUUAUUGUACUUUUUUGAUUGGGAAUUGCCUGGUGGUUUAAGAAGGGAAGACAUUGACACUGAUGUGCAACUUGGAUUAACAAUGUAUAAAAAAAAUCCACUUUGUCUUGUGGCAAAUAAUUAUACGAGUAUUUAA